CUACGAAAUUUCCUCGAUAGUGGUCGGAGGGACAGUUGGACAGCGACUAGACAACACUCACUCUCCUCUUUUCCUACACGAACAACUUUGCCGAUCGGAAAAUCAAAUCAUUCAUCUUCUUCCAAUUCCCCGAUACAAUCAAACCCUAAAAAAAAAAAAAAAAAAUGACACCAUCUUCAUCCAGCGGUGAUGAAACCGCCCCGUUCUUCGGCUUCCUCGGCGCUGCAGCUGCCCUCGUUUUCUCCUGUAUGGGAGCUGCAUAUGGGACGGCAAAGAGCGGUGUGGGUGUGGCGUCAAUGGGGGUUAUGAGGCCGGAGCUUGUGAUGAAGUCGAUUGUGCCGGUUGUUAUGGCGGGUGUGUUGGGUAUUUAUGGUUUGAUUAUUGCUGUUAUUAUCAGCACAGGGAUUAACCCUAAGGCCAAAUCCUAUUACCUUUUCGAUGGUUAUGCCCACCUCUCGUCCGGUCUCUCUUGCGGUCUAGCCGGGCUUUCGGCUGGAAUGGCUAUUGGAAUCGUUGGUGAUGCUGGUGUUAGAGCCAAUGCACAACAACCAAAGCUUUUCGUUGGAAUGAUUCUCAUUCUCAUCUUUGCGGAGGCAUUGGCUUUGUAUGGCCUCAUUGUUGGCAUCAUCCUCUCUUCCCGUGCUGGACAAUCCAGAGCCGACUAAAGAUAAGAGCAUCUUCCUGCUUUUUUUCUCAAGUUAGCAUUGCUACUUAAGAAGGUGCAUUUCUUCUCUUCAGUAGUCCUGCAAGUAAUUCCUUGAUUUAAUCAUUAAGUAAUUCUAUGCUGAUUGUAAUAUUGUGAGCAACUUUUCUCGCUCAAAUAAAGCUUUUCUAGAAAGCUGGUUUUUGUUCAUUUGCCUAUUGCUGUAUUUUGUACAAGUCACAUAGAAUCCAUCUUAUGAAACCCAUAUUGUAGGAUUAUUCUUUGUACUAUUGUUCUCCAUGUCUAAACCCUAAUUAAUAUUAAUAGUGUUUUUCUUGGAAA